AUGGGUGAUUUUAAUAGUGUGUUAAAUCUAGGGGAAAGGCUGGGCUCUGCAGUAUCUCUGGAGGAAGUAGCUCCUUUUAGGCAGUGUAUUAGAGAGUGUAAAGUACAGGACCAUCCCACAUCUAGCCCUCACUAUACAUGGUCUAAUAAGAAGGAAGGGGAUCAAAGAGUUUUUUCGAAGAUUGAUAGAGUUUUAGCCAACUCUAAAUGGUUUGAUUCAUUCAGGAAUGCUUAUGCUAUGUUUCUGCUAGAAGGAAUUUCAUAUCAAUGUGCUUGUGUUGUGAAAUUAGAUAAUACUCUGGUAGAGAAGGCUAGACCCUUUAAGUUUUGCAAUAUGUGGGCUCUUGAUGAAUCUUUUUUAUAUAUUGUGCAAGCUGGGUGGCAGGAGAGGGUAGAAGGUGUUCCUAUGUAUAAGGUGGUGAGUAAGUUGAAAAAAAUGAAACAAGGAUUGAAAGGGCUUCAUAGGAAUAAAUACUCUAAUGUGGAAACUGAAGCUUCUGUUGCUUUAACAAAGCUUAUGGACAUCCAAAAGAGUAUUCGUGUAGACCCUCAUAAUAUUGAUCUGAAUAGACAAGAGAGGGAAGCUAGGAGAAUCUAUGAUAACUUCAAUGUAGCCAAGAUGAGUUUCAUUGGACAGAAAGUGAAGCAAGAUUUUCAGGGGGGUGAUGAAAAUACUAGCUAUUUUCAUUCAUGUAUGAGGAAGAGAAGACAUCAGAUGCAGGUUUAUAGGGUAAAGGAUGAAAAUGGCAGAUGA